UCGCGUUGGCAAUAUCGCUAGCACUCUUGAGCCAAUUCAAUUUUAUCAAACAAAAUCAUUUACAAUAAUCAUAAAGAGCAAUCAUUUCAAAUAAGUGUCAUGGAAUAUUGGUCUAUAUUGUUAUCGAUAGUGAUCGGUGUGAUCAGUAUUUAUUAUCUUUUCAGAAAUUUUAAUUUCUUUAAAAGACAUGGCGUGAUACACGUACCGCCUGUUCCAAUAUUCGGAUCUAUGGCAUCAGUUAUAUUUGGUCGAACGUCAUUCUUCGAUUUUAUCUUCAAGAUAUACAAUUUUAAUCAAGACGCAAAGUAUUUUGGAAUCUAUGUCACGACAAAUCCAAUCUUCUUGCUUCGUGAUCCGGAACUCAUUAAGGCUAUCCUUGUUAAGAAUUUCGAUGCAUUUCCAAAUCGUCGUGGUUUUAACGAAUUGAAUGAACCUUUACUUGCAAAAAAUUUGUUUUCUCUUCGCGGAGAAAAAUGGCGGAACGUAAGAACUCUGUUGAGUCCUUCUUUUACAUCCAGCAAAAUGAAAAUGAUGUUCACAUUGAUGUCGGAAUGUGCUGUGGAUUUUGUUAAAUUUCUGUCGACAUUGCCAGCGAAUAAAAGUGAUAUGAACAUAAAAGAUGCUUUCUCUAAAUAUACGAAUGAUGUCAUUGCCACGUGUGCUUUCGGAAUCAAAGUCGACUCUAUGAAAAAUCCAACGAAUAAAUUCUAUGUUUACGGCAAGGAAGCGACUAGCUUUUUAGGGAGUCGCAGUCUGAAAUUUAUUUUUCUUAGAACUUUUCCAAGUCUCGGACGAAUUCUCAAUAUAAAGCUUAUAAACGAUUACGUGUUAAACUUCUUCAAGGAUAUUAUAAAAACUACGAUUGUCACUCGUGAUGCGGAACACAUUACACGCCCGGAUAUGCUACAGUUAAUGAUGGACAUCAGAGGUGAAGAAAGUCGUAGAGAACUAGAUAUCGAUGACAUGGUUGCGCAAGCGUUCGUCUUUUUCUUUGGUGGCUUCGAUACAAGUUCAACCGCGAUGUCUUUCGUAGCUCACGAAAUCGCAGCUAAUCUAGAAGUUCAAAACAAAUUACAACAAGAGAUCGACAAGGUUUUGGAGGAAUCGAAUGGAAAAGUGUCUUACGAAGUCAUUAAUCGGCUCGAAUAUUUAGAUGCGGUGAUAAAUGAGACUCUCAGAUUAUAUCCACCAGUCACUUUCUUAGAAAGAAUGUGCGAGAAAACUUUUGAAUUACCACCCGCAUUGCCGGAUGAGAAACCUUUUAUCAUGAAGAAGGGUAUGACUUUUUGGAUUCCGAUUUUUGCAAUUCAUCGUGAUAAAAAGUAUUAUGAUAAUCCGGAAAAAUUUGAUCCAGAAAGAUUUUUGAACAACAAGAUGCACAAUUCUUUGUGUUACAUGCCAUUCGGAUUAGGACCAAGAAUGUGCAUAGCUAACAGGUUUGCUCUGUUGGAAGUUAAAAUCUUGCUGUUUCAUUUAUUAGCACGAUGUGAGCUAAAACCUUCCACGAAAACUACAUCCCCAAUAAAAUUCAGCAAAACUCUGUCAAUGAUACCGGAAAAUGGACUUUGGUUGAACAUUCAGCGUAGAAAAAAUAUGUAUCCUGUGCUGGAGUCUGUAUAGUAAUGGAUAAUUUUAUAAAACAUUGAUUUUUAUACAAUACCGGAACAAUAUAAAAAUUUGCACUGCAGUUCGACGACUCAGAUUGCGGAAUGAAUAAAGUUUUAUAUUGCCGAUGAGUUAAUUUAUUCUUUUGUAGUUUUGUUGUAAUGUAAUUUUUAUGAUUAUAUUAAUUUUAAUUUAACAUUAUAUGAGUAUCUUUUUUUAUUUAAAAGAAAAAUUUUGUAUUUUAUCAUAUUAAUGUACAUAUGAAUUCAGUACAUGUUUUAUUUAAACAGACAAAAUAACAGGUUAUUAUUAUAUAUUUUAUAAUUCGUUUUAAUUAGAAUAGAUUUGAAUUUACGAGAGUUAUAACUAUAGUAUUUGCUGUUAUAUAUAAGGCCGACAUACAAUUGACCACGUUUUUAUACUUGCCCGUAAUUACUUUUGUAAUUAUAUUUGUAAAAUAAUUUAUAUACUGUGUUGUGCAUGUAUGUUAAUAACUGCAAAUGACAAAUUAUUGUGCGUUGAACCAAUAGUUCUAACAACGUAACAAUCUUAGUGAAAGCGAGAUUGUAAAAAGGAGGUUUUUAAUUAUAUAGCUCAUUAAAUACUUAGAAAUAAAAUUGUAGAACUGUAGUAAUCUCUUGAAUAAUCAGGAAUAAAUAAAAUAUUGUAUACUAAGAGA